CGCCGUAUCUCUGCUUUGGUGUGCUCCCUAAUUGACCUAAAUCCUGCAUUUCUGCAGUCCCUGAAGGCAGACUAUCACACGGCUCUGAGGAACAACCCAGUGCCGAGCCUUUUUUUUUUAUUCUCCUGGAGUAAAUCCUCUUUGCCUUGUGCCCUCAGCUCAACCCCAAGACGAAUUUUCUGUCCGGAUCUCUUAAAACUGCGCAGGCACAGGCCGUCCUCUUUACGGAGCGCGUCGGGAUGAUUUACGCGGAGCAGGAGGCAACACUGGCAGGGAAUUAUGAAGCAUUCCACGGAAUGAUUCUAUAAUAUCCACCUACUGGGGGGAAUUUAAAUUUUAAAAAAGGGUGUAAAAACCGGCUGGAAGGGGGAUAAUAAUAAAAAAAAAGUCAAGAUGCUGGACGAUAAAGCGCCCAGAUCGAAGCUCGGCGCUCCGUCGAGAGGCUCGUCGUUUUACAUCGAGAAUUUGCUGGGCACUGCGGGCGGUGAUUCCUCAGCUGAAGAGCGGCCGGACACUCCCGGCUCCAGGGUCGGUGCGCGCACCCUAGUGUGUCCGGGGAUAGAGGCACGAACGCGGAGGGAAGGAGAGGAGCCGCACCGGCGCGCAACGUUUCCAAACACAGUACGCGGGAGCUCCGAAAGUCUUCUACAGAAGCACACCAACUCGGAUGAACAGCCCGACCCUGCACCAAUAACCAGUGAACUUGUUUCUACUGAUUUGAAAGUGAGGGAGAAGGAGGACCCGGAGGACAAGGGGGACGAUGGACUGCUGGACGACAGGGAGGAGGAGGACGCUCCCUCCUCCUGCGUCUCUGGGGAGGACAGCAGUGACACUGGUGAUCUGAAAGUGGUGCGGAAGAAGAAGACGCGCACCGUGUUCAGCCGGAGCCAGGUGUUCCAGCUGGAGUCCACCUUCGACCUGAAGCGCUACCUGAGCAGCUCGGAGCGGGCCGGCCUGGCCGCCUCGCUGCAGCUCACCGAGACCCAGGUCAAGAUCUGGUUCCAGAACCGCAGGAACAAGUGGAAGCGGCAGAUCACGGCCGACAUGGAGGCGGGCAGCCCCCUCAUCCCGUUCGCCGCGGCGCACCGCGUCGUCCGCGUUCCCGUGCUGUAUCGCGAGAGCGCCGGCGCACCUGUGGGCCUGUCCGGCCUGGCCCACGUGUCUCCCCCGGUGCUCGGGGUCUCAGACGGGGUCAACUACCCAUUGACUGGCCGCUUCCCCCAUCCAGUGACGUUCCUCACGACUCAGAUGUCAGGACUGGUGUGAAUCUGAAUGGGCGUGGAGGCGACGACGAGACCACGGCGGUCCACGUGUGGCUCAAACUAAUCUACUAAAGAUACUGCAAUAUGUUCAUUUUAGUGUUAAGACUUUUCCAAAGCAGUUCCAAAAAAACAAGUCAGACUGUAUUUAAUGCUUCUUUUGGAUGUUUGAUAAACACAGACCUACGUUGGCCGAGACCCACCAUUGCUGAAAAAAAAAAGUAACACUGCAAACAGAAACAAACGCCGCUGCAAAUAAAAUAAACGCUACAAACAAAUAGAAACGCCGCUGCAAAUAAAAGAAACGCUGAAAAUAUAAAGAAACCCCGCUGCAAAUAAAAUAAAAAACGCCGCAAAUAAAAAAGCCACAACGGAAGUGAAUUCCCGGGGACUGUUUUUGCUGAUGCACCGGUGGUUUUAUGUGAGAGGACACCGGUGUUGUUGUUUUUUUUUUUGUUUUUAUCAUUAAUAAUAAUGCCAAGAAUAAUCUAAAGCGUGGGUAACAAUAUUUAUUUGGAUGAAUGUGAAGUUGAAGCUGUGUGUGGUGGUCAGGGACUUCUCCUCUCACGUAAAAAACACCGGUGCAUCAGCAAAAACAGUCCCCCGUAAUUCACUUCCGUUGUGGCUUUUUUAUUUGCGUCGUUUUUUUUUAAAUUGCAGCGGUGUUUCUUUAUAUUUGCAACGUUUCUUUUAUUUGCAGCAGCGUUUAUUUUAUUUGCAGCGCCGUUUCUUUUUAUUUGCAGCGUUUGUUUUAUUUGCAGCGGCGUUUGUUUCUGUUUGCAGCGUUACUUUUAUUUUCAGCAAUGGCGGGUCUCGGCCACCGUACAGACCAAUUUAGAGUAUGACUCAUCUAGCGGGAGAUGGAGACUGAACAAUCCUUUAAAUAAUACAUGUCUUGUCAUGAAAAAAAGCCCCCUCCUCCAAGAAAUUGUAAGCACAACCAGUUUUUAAGAGCAAGUGUUAAAUGUUGUGUCUGUGAUUCUUAUUAUUUAGACUAUUUAGACUUCCCACAGUGUCCUCAGGGGUUCAUUAAAUACACUUCACAAGCUUCCAGAAGAUUUUCAUUUCUGUGAAGAUUUUUCUUUUGGACAGAACAUUUAUAGAUGAUUCACACGUGUGAUGACUUAAGGGUCAAAGUGUCUCUCGGCUUGUGAGGUGAGGUUCAGAAAUGGAUCAGACCUUGUAAACAUGCUAAAAGGAGGAACAACAUUAGGGUGGAAGUGUGUUUGAAAAGUGUUUAUCAUAUCUCAACCCAACACAAACAGAAGAGUGAAUGAAUUGUAUUUAUUGAGCACUUUUCUAGUCUUGCUUACCACUUUGAAAGCGCUUUCACACAACACGCCACAAUCACCCAUCCAACACAAUGCUGCAUUUGUCUAUAGAGAUCUAUACAUUUAUUUUUAUAGAAUCUACGUGGACUUAUAAAACACACGAUCGCACACUAGUGAGCGGUUCUGGCGGUAAUGUGGGGGUUCAGUCCCUUGCCCAAGGACAGUUUGACCACAUGUGGACUGUGUGAGGCCAGGAAUCAAACCACCGAUUUAGCAGAUGACUGCUCCACUUCCUGAGCCACCGCCGCACUGCCCGCUUUGUCAGAUAAGCUUUGAUUCUUUCAACAAUCAGAAGCUUGAACUCAGUCUUUCAUUAAACCUAACAAGGCUUUACAAUUUCAAACUGUACCAAAUCAGUUUUUUGUCUGUCUCACGCAGCCACGAGCUUUGACGUUUCUUUAACAGCGUUUCACACACACAAACCGGUUCACAGAACUUAAAAUGUUGCAUGGUGUGAACUGAUCCACAAAUUGUAGAAAGUUGAUCAUUUAUAUAAUAAUAAUAAAAAAAAAAUUAGAUGUUUGUGACUUAGGCCUAUUUUAAUUGUCAUCAGCAGGAGGGCAUUAUUAAUCAUAUUAAUUCACUUUUUUAAAAUUUAAGAGGAGUUUAAA